GGGACCGGAUACGAGAUAUCCUCUGAAACAGCAACUGCUUUGUCCUCCCUCACUUCCAUAUGACGCCAUUUACAGCAUAAACCCGACCUCUUCUCCGGAAAGAGGAAAAAACAAGACGAGAAAAACUUGAAAGCACCUCGGCGUGUAAGGCAGACAAACAUUCAACAAUUACAGCGAGUAUUUUUUCGAAAUCCAGGCUACGCCGGAGUGCAACAAACUCAACGGAUUCAAACGUAUCGCGUGCGCAUUUUCACUUUUCUAAUUCACAAAAAAGUGGAGAGCCAGUGAUUGAUUCGUUUUUGGCAGUAUUUCGCCUCGGGUACUCUCGCAGUGGCUAUGUUUUUGAUUUCGUAAAAUUGGAAUCUGGAAAUAUUGUUUGUAGCUACUUUAUCGUUGCACUGUAUCGUGUGGAUGGGUUUACCGAUUAAUUUAAGUAGGAAUACACUUUCAGAAUUUGGAAUUUAAUACAACAAACGGGGCUGAAGUGGUGCGAACACGGACUUCAGAUGUGUUCAAUGCCAGCCGGAGGGGUCCUUCAGAGCCAAGAUGGAGACCAGUACUCAAAAUGGCAGUGGUGGUGGCGGAGGGUCGGCCGGCUUGCUGCGUGCUCUGCGUGACAGCGGGAGGCUACACCGGCCUCAGCAUGCCCAGGAAGGGCAGCCCGAUCCUGGGGUAAACCCCGGCCAGCAGGCCCCUGUGCUCUCGCUGGACCAGAUCAGAAUCACCGGGAGCAGUAAUGAGUACACAGAAGGACCAACGGUGGGACCCAUUGUGGUCCCUAGGCCCCCUGGCUCGUUGCCCACCCAGCAGAAGAACGACCUGGUGGUGCCACUGGGCCUGGAGACCAACGAGCAACUGGAGCCCCAGGACCCCAGACCCAACCAGAGGAACUUACUCCCCCAACUUCAACAACUUCCUCAGCCCACACACUCCACAGUUCCCCCUAGGGAUGCCCUAUCUCUUUCUUCUAGCACAGAGGGCUCCAGAAACAGCCCGAGGACCAGUACAGGCAGCACGUCCUCCGUGCAGAGGCUCCUGGGUAGCCCGGAGGUUAGCGAACAGAUAAUCAGGACCCAGCCCAAAAGUGUGGAGCUUAAACAGGAGGAAUUGAAGCCCCUGACGAGUACGGCCGGAGGGGCGGUGGUGGUCAUGGUGCCCGGUGGCGGUGCCCCCGCCGCUAGGGAGGGGCUGCUGGGUAAACACGCCUACCGCUGUGAGGACUGUGGUCGGUGCAAGUGCCAGGAGUGCAUGUGCCCGCGCGCCCUGCCUGCCUGCUGGAUGUGCGGCCGACGGUGCAUGUGCUCGGCGCAGAACGCGGUGGACUACGGGACUUGCGCGUGCUGCAUCAAGGGCCUGUUCUAUCACUGCUCCAGUGACGACGAGGAUACAUGCGCCGACAAGCCCUUCUCCUGCAGCCAGUCGCACUGCUGCGUGCGCUGGUCGGCUAUGGGUCUCCUUUCCCUGUUCCUACCCUGUCUCCUGUGCUACCUCCCAGCUAAAGGGUGUCUCGCCGCAUGCCAGAGCUGCUAUGACCGCGUCAAGCGACCGGGGUGCCGGUGUAAGAACACUAACGUUGUCCACUGUAAGAGCGUUGACUGUAAGCCAACGUAAAGGGAAAGUACCUUGGGUGUUGUGGAGAAUCGAUGGGGGUUGACAACUUUGGGCGACUGAAACGAUCACCUCAUCACGUUUUGGCCCAGUAGUCAGAAGUUGAUUGGGGGAUUGGCUAAGCUGAGCUGUUUGAUGUGGUUUGUGUCAUUUGUUUUCAGCUAUGGUUGUUAAUCCUGGCUGCUUGAUCACCAAGUGUCCUGAUUUUGUACUGUUUUAAUCGAAGUCCAGAAUGUUAGCCCUUUUGACAUUUAAUACAACUGAUAUGCUAUGGACAGACUCUCCUGACUAACUUGUUUGUGAAUAGUAAUUACAAAAGUAUGUAAAUUAGCAAAUGACCUCCUCAGAGAUGUUUUAUUUUUGUAUAUAUAAUAUUUCAACUGUGAAAAGCAUUCUGCCAAACCAGAGGCACCUUGAUGAUAGAUCCAUAUAUAUUAUGUAAUACAAUGUUUAAUGUUGUACAUUCAUGGGAAUGUAUAUCAAUCAUUUUGUAUGUUUGCCUUACAAGAGAAGGACAUUUACACAUCUUAUCCCUUCAACUCUACUUGUAAAUUGUACAGUGACCCUAUAAGAAAAUCUUUAUUUUCUAUUAUCAACAUUGUUUAGUGGUAAGAAUAUUUAUUUGAAGUUUUAUUAUUUUAUAAAGAAAAUAUUUAUUUUGAGAAGCAUCUUAAAAAACAUCAACCUGUUCAAGUACUCUGUUGCAAGUUAGGGUGACUAGGGUGUCAAAUUGGAUGCAAAUGUUCACUAUGAAAUAGAAAAAUAUAUUAACGUUUGAAAUUAAA